CAGUUUGACUCUCCGCCCUGCUUCGUCAUCUUAGCUGGGUCCGCCCAGAUUUAUGGACUUCAUGAGGACUCUCGUAGCGGAAAAACAAACAUAUGGAGUUUACUCAGUAAAAAUGCUUUGAUCGUCCGCGACCAUGACGUGUGUUAAAUGGACGUAGAAUUUGUGAUAAUCGUGUAUUGAUCGAGAGGAAAUAUUUUAACAUAUAUUUUUGCUGCGACAAUGCUUUGAUCUGUGAAGGAAGGCGACUUUGAAAGUCGGCCACUCAAGUGGAUAUAGAAGUGGAGUGGAGGAGAAAGUUCAUAGCUAGUGCGAUGUUAGCAAGUUGCUAGAUACCCGUUUGACAGGCACGUAACAACUAACGUAGCCUACAAUCAAACAUAAUUGUAUUUCUUGAUAAUUGCUCUCUCUGUCAAAUCAGUCGGCUAGCUGACCACUACUUUUAAGCCAGAGACGUUAUAAGUUGCUAGCAUGCUACGUGGAUAUAACGUUAACGUUAGCCAGCUAACUAAUGUCGUUAGCUAGUAUCCAAAUAUCCUAACGUGAAGGCCAGUUCAAAGACUAAAUUCGAGACGAGCUGCAACUAACGUUACUUAAAACCAGCAACUUGUUGAAGCGAAACUUUCUAAAACCUGGGGGGUUCAGACCGCUGGGACAUCUUGCAACAGCACCAACGUUUCCACAACAACCAAUUGUAACACCACUCUUACAAAUGUUCUAAAACCUUGCAACUGAGAUUUAACACAACGAAUAUUAUGCAAUCGUGUGCAUCAGGCGGCCUUCAGCGAUUUGCAACGAUUAACACACCACUACAAUUUCUCUCUGCAACGAUUUCGUCUCGUCGCGAAUCUUUGGUGUGUAUGGCCUUUAAGGUUAACGCUGUAACCUUGAGGAAGUUUGUCAACAUGUACUUAACUCAAUCCUGGUUCGUCAUCUAAAGUUAAGGUAAAUCAUGUGCAUCUCCCCCGAGAUGUUCCAGAAGCAGAUGUAAAGGCUGUCUGUUUUGUCUUAAUUUAUGACACUUGAGGUAGUAUGCUGACAGUUACAUAAUCCAAAUGAACCAGGUUUAAGUAACAUUACGUUACAUGUUGGAUUCGAGAGAUAUGGCUGUAAAUCAGUCAAGUACACAUGAAAUACCCUAUUUCUCCUCCAUGCCUUUCUCAUUUUCAGCACAACACGUUUUUAAUACUUAACAGAUAAGUAGCGUUGUUAGAUUUUUUUUAUAUAUAGAAUAUAUUGCCAGUUUAUUCACCACCAAUAUUAACAUUAUUGGUUUAGUUUAACUAAGGAAAAUGUUGGUCACUUACUUAAAACUUCCUCCAAUAGUUAGGAAACACUCAACAAUCCGUAAAGCAGCUUUGCUUCUGGUUGCUGCCUAUGGCAUCAAAAAAGUCUCCCCAUAUGUUUUUGCCAAGCUUUCAGGCAAGACUAGGAAUCAGUCUUCAGGGCCCCUGUCACUUGACACAAAUGGGGAGGCCCAGGACAUGUCAGAAAAAGAGAAAAGGAGAAGCCGCUCUCCGGCUGUCAACCGAGAGUUUUUCGUGAGGUUGGGUCACCUGCUGCGCAUCCUCUUCCCCCGGCUCUUCAGCAAAGAGCUGCUCCUGCUGGGUUUCCACUCGAUAGCCCUCAUCUCGCGCACAUUCCUCUCCAUCUAUGUGGCCAGCCUGGACGGCCGCAUCGCCAAGACCAUCGUGAAGAAGGACCCGCAGGCAUUUAUGUGGGAACUGGCCAGGUGGCUCCUCAUCGCCAUCCCCGCCACCUUCGUGAACAGCGCCAUCCGUUACCUGGAAGGUCAGCUGACCCUGGCCUUCCGCACGCGGCUGGUCAACCAUGCCUACCGGCUCUACUUCAGCAAACAGACCUACUACCGCAUCAGCAACCUGGACAGCCGGCUCACCAACCCGGACCAGUCCCUGACCGAGGACAUGGUGAUGUUUGCCGCCUCCGUCUCCCACCUCUACUCCAAUCUGACGAAGCCCAUCCUGGACGUGGUGGUCACCUGUUACACCCUGGUCAAGACUGCCGAGUCCAAAGGUGCCGACACCACCUGGCCCGCUGUCAUAGCCGGCAUCGUGGUGGGCACUACAGCAAAGGUGCUGCGUGCGUUCUCCCCGCGCUUUGGGAAACUGGUGGCUGAGGAGGCCAGGAGGAAGGGAGACCUGCGCUACAUGCACUCGCGCAUCAUCGCCAACUCGGAGGAGAUAGCCUUCUAUGGCGGACAUAAGGUGGAGAUGUCCCAGCUGCAGCGCAGCUACCAGGCCCUGUCCAGCCAGAUCGACCUCAUCCUGUUCAAGCGCCUGUGGUACGUCAUGCUGGAGCAGUUCCUCAUGAAGUACGUGUGGAGCGCCUCGGGGCUGAUCAUGGUGGCCGUACCCAUCAUAACUGCCACAGGAUACUCCAAGCACGAUUCUGAGGAUGUGAAGCAGGCUGCCAUGGUGAUGAAAGAGGAGGACCUGGUGAGCGAGCGCGCGGAAGCCUUCACCACGUCCCGGAACCUUCUGAAUGCCGCGGCCGACGCUGUGGAGAGGAUCAUGAGCUCCUACAAAGAGAUCACAGAACUGGCGGGCUACACAGCGCGCGUGCACGAGAUGUUCGCCGUGUUUGAGGAUGUGGGCGCAGGAGUGUACCGACGCGGGGCCCAUCUGGCCAUUGAGGGCGAGCCGCAGCGGGCGGUGGAGGGCCUGCUGGAGGUCAGAGGUCAGGUGAUUGACGUGGAACGGGGCAUCAGAUGUGAGAACCUGCCUAUUAUCACUCCCAAUGGAGAUGUGGUUGUCUCCUCCCUCAACAUCCAGGUGGAUGAGGGGAUGCAUUUGCUGAUUACCGGACCAAAUGGCUGUGGUAAAAGCUCCCUCUUUCGCAUUCUCAGUGGCUUGUGGCCUGUUUACAGUGGAGUCCUGUAUAAGCCAUCACCCAAACACAUGUUCUACAUCCCACAGAGGCCGUACAUGUCUGUGGGUACACUGCGGGACCAGGUGAUCUACCCCGACACUGCAGAGGAGGUGACAGAGAAGGGCUUCACAGACCAGCACCUGGAGGACAUCCUCAGGGUUGUCAACCUGCGCUACAUCCUGGAGAGAGACGGAGGUUGGGAUGCGGAGAGUGACUGGAAAGAUGUGCUGUCAGGAGGGGAGAAGCAGCGGAUGGGCAUGGCCCGGAUGUUUUAUCACAAGCCUAAAUAUGCCCUGCUGGAUGAAUGCACCAGUGCUGUUAGCAUUGAUGUGGAAGGGAAAAUAUUUGAAGCUGCAAAGGAUGCUGGGAUUGCUCUUCUCUCAAUCACACAUCGACCCUCCCUUUGGAAGUACCAUUCGCACUUGCUGCAGUUUGAUGGCGAGGGCGGCUGGCGCUUCGAGAAGCUGGAUGCCUCCACGCGCAUCUCCCUGCAGGACGAGAAGCUGCGGCUGGAGACCCAGCUCUCCGGCAUUCCCAAGAUGCAGCAGCGGCUCGUGGAUCUAUGCCGAAUGCUGGGGGAAGACAGCGCCCUGCCCAAGCUGGGGGAGGGGUUAGAGGAGAAGACGGAGGAGGGGUCAGGACAAAAGGGAGGAGAGGUGAAUGAAGCUGAGGAGAUUGUGGAGCAGGCACACGGCCCGGUGGUGUGAUGGUGGUAGCCUAUCUACAGGAAGGAGGGGAUGGGGAUGAAUACAUAUGCCACGCCAGAUGUUUGUGUGUGUGUGAAUGCAUUUCUGCUGGAGGGACAGGGUUUGGGUCUGUGUGUGCGUGAGACAGAGAGACGGGGAGGGGGAGAGAGGUGGCGGGAAAGAACAAAUAAGUCAAUGCUGGAAGUGAGUGUAUAAAAUGCAGAUGGCAGAUCAGCAGUGGAACGGGGAGGCCUUAACAAGCUGGAGAGUGUCGGUGGCACUCACCCUUGUGUGUGAAUGUCAGCAAGAGUUUAUUCCCCUGCCUGGGUUGUGCACGGGGGGGGGGGGGGGGGGGGGGGGGCUGGGGGGUUUAGAGAAGAAACAGCUGCCAACUCUGCCAGGUGCUGUGGAAUGAUGAAAGCCCCCAUGAAAGCUGUCUCUUGCCUGUUAUCUGAAUUCUCCACUGAAUUUCAGGAAGCCUGUGGUACAAACCCCGCUGAGCUCCAGUGGGAAAAUGCUGCAUACAUUACUGACUCUAGUACUGUAUUUCACCAUAUUAUAUCGUUCUUUUUUAAAUCCAUUGUGUCCCCUUGCUGUAAUGAUUUAUUCUGCAAAACUGUCUGCUGGGUGAGAUGUAACCACUGGCAGACUUGUGCCAUCUUUUUCAUGAUAUUUUUGACCUCACCAACUUCUUUUACUUUGGCAUCAAGUUGCCAUGUCAGAUAUUUCAAGUAUGCUGAUUGGAGUUUUUUCUUUUCAUUUGCAUACACUUGAAUAUUACUCUAAUAUAACUUUACAGACAGGAUUUCUGUAAUUCUGAGGGGUCCAUUUCAUUUAUUUUCACUUAAAUGUUCUAUUUGUUGGUAAUCAAUGAAGGCAUUGUUUCAAGGGCUGAAAUUGCAGUUGCCCUGAACUGUAAAUAGAAUCUUAGACAGCAGCAUCCUAUUUUAAAUUGUACUCAGAAAAUGCCAUUGAAUGAAACACCACUUGCGUCACUACACGUCUUUUGCUGUGCUGUAGAAUGAAUGUUUUCAUUGUUCAGAUUUUACUUCAUGCUUCAUUCAUAUAUUUCAUGCUCAUAUUUCUUUGAGUCCACAGGGGACAGGAAAAAAAUCCCAGCCUAACAUUAAUUAUGGUGGAAAUGACCUUCUCUUCACCAAAAACAUUUGUUAUUUUAAUCUGAAUUGUACAUUUGUUGUUUGAAUCAAUCAGUUUAAUCCAAAACAUUUUUUUUUUUUUAUAAAGUCAGUUUUUGCACAAUUAUGUUGUAUCAUUAGUCACAGUAAUCCUAGCAUGCAGAGAUUUCCCUAUUUACUAGAUAACGAAUAUGUUGAUGAUGGUUUGGCUGAUGACUAAUAUCCCCUCAGGAAUUUGCACAAGUAUGGAAUAGAAUUCUAUUUGAAUUCUUGCCCAGACAUCAUUCGUAUAUAUCUUCAGGUCAGUCAGUGUGCCUCUGCUGUGGUUCCAAGCAAUACUGGGCCCAUGCAUUUUGUGGGCCUCUGAAAAUCAGAAUGGUGUAAACUAUAGCAUCAGUUCAAGCACAAUCAAAAGGCUUCUGAAGCCUGCCCCUUAUAGACUCUUUGCACAUUGUUUCCUCAGUGCCGUUUUAAUUAGGAAAAUAAAUAAAGUUCUAACUGAU